AUGAAAGGUUCCACACUCCAAGAGUGGACACCCAAACAAAAGUAUGCAGUGGUAGAAUGGCAGAAAUCAUAUCGGACCAGGAUGGUAGUGGGCAAAUGGGUGGAGAGACCCAUGAUCAGUCAAUCAGUUCUAGCAACCCCUAUCAAGUCUGCCUCUAAGCAGCCAUCUCAUGACAUGCUUCACCAUGGUGGAGAUGACUUUCUUGGGGAACUUGAUGAUCACAGGGUGGUGAUUCCACUGCACCUGCCAAAAUCCCUGAGUCAAAACGACUAUAUAAGACAAUGGGUCCCGAAGACAAAAGCAUAUCUUGAGAUACUCCUGGAAAGGGAGGUACCAUCAGAUCGGUCAUGUAUCAUCUGUGGGCCAGAUGGUGUCUAUAAAUGUCAUGGGUGCUUUGGCUCCUUCUUUGAGGAAAGUUGUUUGGUCAAGAGUGGGAUUGUGAUCUGGCUUGGCCAUGAUGGAAAGCCAUGUCCAUGGGAUGAUAAUGUAGAGGAUUCUGUGGUGUUUACUACUGGGGAAGAUGGAGCCAACACCACAGACAUGGAGAGUACAUCAGAAGAUGGCGCCGCCCCAUUUUCAAAGAACGCCGAUGACCUCCCGACCGGCGUGCCAUUUAUAAAAGGCAACAGCUCUAUGACAACGAUAGUUGACAAGUCCGGCAUACAUACACACAUGGUAAAGUAUUGCACAUGUCCCAAUGCCACCACUGCCAAUAUACAAAUGUUCAAAAUGGGCUUAUUCCCGGCGUCAUUCUUGGAACCGAAGACAGCAUUCACUUUCGAUGUCCUAAAUGACUUCUUGCUUGACAACCUGGAGUGCAGAACCUCGGCGAUGAACUACUACAGCAAAUUGAGAAGGAUGACAAUGACCAUCUUUCCGCAUUUGGUGCCGGACCGGUACUGGGAGCUCAUGAGGGUGGCGAGACAAUGGAGAAAACUCAAGCUUCUCAAAUGGAAUGGUUUCGACCAUGAGGAAAAGGAAGUCAAACCCGGCGAUCUAGCUCUCUUUUGUCUGGCGUGUCCACAACCAGGAAUUAAUGUCACUUUGCCUGUCAGAGAACUCACAGAGGAUCCAAAUGUGAACAAAGGAUCAGAUUUACAGACUCCAAGUUGGCUAUACACCAGAUCACUCGUCAUGGAUGGAAACUUCAAAGCCGAGCAUCUCCAUGCAGUAAAUCCUGGUGAUGAGGUGUCUCUCAUGGACGGCCGUGGGUUUAUGGUAGGAGAUGCCUUGUACAAGGAGCAUUUGGCCAUUGCACAAGACACCGUUCAACAAUCGGAAUGCAACAACCAUCGCGCGGUGAAUCAGGCAAAUGCAUCGCGUCACAGAUUGGAAGCAACCGGCAUCAGCGGGUGCACCUGUGCACGGCAUGGCUGUUUUGUUCCUCACACCAUGGUUGAUUUUCAGGAGGGAGAAAGACAAAUGAACAUGGAUUAUGCGUUGUGCGAGGCGUUAAAAAUAAAUGCCGAUGGAAUCCGCUGUGCAUUGACCUUUUAUGAUGUCAACUGUCAGUACCACAAGCAUCUAAAGGACCGCAUCGCCGAAAGUCCAAUCUUGGAGAUCUGUGAAGAACUGAAUAUUAUCCCUGGCAUUGGACUAUGGCAUGUGCAUGGCCAUCAAGACAGUUUCUAUGUGAGAUAUGCAUCAAAUUUCAUCAAGGGUGCUGCGUGGAUUGAUGGCGAAAUCAUGGAGACAUUAUGGAAUGAGUGCCAUACAGGCAAGUCCCUGUGCAAGAAGUACAAUAAGGCAGUCAGGGGGACCGCCAACAGCAAACUGGUGUUUGAAAAGCUUGAUGAGACCGCCGAUCCUGUGAAAGUUUGGGUAUGGGAGGCCCAAGAGAGAGUGGCCCACCAGCGGCGUCGCCAUGAUCCAACGGCAAUGGAUAUUUAUGAAGUACAACUACAGAAAGCAAGUCGGUUCUCAUCCAAUUACAGCGCCGACAAGAAAGCAGCUGGAAAUAUGAUUGUUAGCGGAACCAGGGCAGCACCCAGGGCCUAUCUGGCAAUGGGGUGCUGCUACAUGGCUGUCAGAGGCAUUGGCAGCGCGCUCAGCGAUGAUGAAGAUUUAAGCAUGGAACCGGACCUUAUCAUGCUUGAAGAAGAUUCAGAUGCAGGAAUAGAACAACAACCAAAGUCCUAUCAGCCAGAGAAGGUAGUUAUUCCCCUGCCGUCCAAUUUGGGCCAGGAUACAUGCACAGCGUUCGGCAUCGAUGAUUUGGUGAAGCAAGAGCUCAUUCUCCGGGAAGGCCAGGCCAAUGAUGCUCUGCAAAAUAUCAGAGUGCAUUUGGCUGAUAAAGCGGUCAUUUUUCAGAAGACUGUCCAGGUUGCUAAAUCUCAAGCGACUUCCACUCGAGCUUGGGCUCAAGUGCACUCGGUAGAUAGGGCGGUCAGCAUUCAGGCCAGUAUCUAUUUAAAGUGCCGCAAACAACUUUGCAGCCUUGGCGCCGAUGAUGCUUUGCUCCGGCGAUACCAGGCCCUGGCAAAGGACCACCUUAAACGAAACGACAUGCUGCCUUGGUUUUGGUCCCUGGAUGUGGCAGGAGAUUCCGAGGGUAGUGACUGGUUAAAUGAAUUUUACUGGGUACAUUGGCUUCGGGCAAAGGCUUUGAAGGAUCGGUGGGCGGAGGAGAUCUUGCUUGUUCAGCAUGAAAUGGAUUGGACUUGCACAUUUUUCCUUCACAAAGCUGAGGAGUGGAAACGUCUUGGCGUCAUUGCGAAGGCGGCCCAAAAACAGGCUCACAUGGCUUACGCGGGGAGGCAGGGGAACAUUUAUGAAUGUCUCUUGGAAGAAGCUAGACAGGCAUUCGACCGGACGACAGGUAAAAUACUAACACCAGUAAUGAGAAGUACUGUCAAUGACUUAUAA